AGCCUUUCAUAGGAAACGGUUCCACACUCGAUAAGCCCAGAGUACGGACAGCUUCCCACAUCAACUGAAAGAGCCGACCACAGACUUGUGUUCUUGCGAGAGACAAAAACGAACACAAGGAAGCUAAACACUGAAUCUGCAUCUCAUUAAUAUACUGGAUAUUGACCAUCUGACAGCAAGGAACCUCAGCCAAUGGAGAAGGGACAAGGUGUACCUGUAGGCGUGGCCAGUCCCCCAUACCCUGGUCCACCUGGCCCCAGCUAUGACAUGGGUCCACCUCAAGCAGGGUACCAGAGCACUCCGUAUCAGAGUGGACCUUAUCCUGGGCCAUAUCCUCCACCACCUCAAUAUGGUAGCCCUGCCCCUACUGUGCCUCCUCAAGUCGUAACCCAGGUGGUAGUGAGUCCUGUGCUGUCAGACGUGCCUGGGCAGACACUGUGCCCAAGCUGCCAGCACCAGAUCAUCACCAGCACCGAACACAAGUCUGGCCUGCUCACCUGGCUCAUCUGUGGCACACUGACUCUCUUUGGGUGUAUUUUUGGCUGCUGCCUCAUCCCGUUCUGUGUGGAUAGUUGCAAGGAUGUGGAACACAGGUGCCCCAAUUGCCAGCAGAUUCUCUAUGUGUACAAGCGGCUAUGAGGUGCAGAUCGUUUGCUGAUAAAAGAAGAUCUGGACAGGCUUUGGGGCAGUUUCUGCAGCUGUGUCAGCAGUGACACAGAGCACACACGUCGGAAAAAUAUUGUUUCUAUGAUGCAAAGAAUUUGGACUUUUACCUAAACUACCACUCCGUUCCCAUUUCUGUCAGUGCUCCCUGGAAGUUUACAUCAAGCUUACACCAAAUUAAUGUAUUGUUUUGGAAAUAAAACAUUUACAUGCAAAGCACUCCAGUGCCAAAGUGUUAACAGAAUUUUGUAUCUGGUUUUUACAAUAAUUCAGUAUAUGAAAUGCAGCAAUUUGUAUCCAAUAUAAACGGAUGUAUCUGCAAGCAGUCCCUUUUAUAGCUUGUGUUGAAAUCUUUGUAAAAAUUGUAAAUUGUGUGAAACAAGUUGUGGUUGUUUUUAUCACCUGUGGAGCGUAGCUUUCGCAAAAUUGUUCUUUUCCUGGCUUAUAUGUCACAGUUGUUUUUGCACAGUUGUUUAUAUGAAUAUGCAAUCAUAUUGGAUCACCACCUGAAUCUAUAUGAAGUAAUUAACCAUUUAAUGUGAAAUAUUGUGAAAUUUGUAUCUUUUUUACAUUACUCAGUUGUAUUUGCUUUGCAAAUUGUAAUAAAUAUGACAAGUACAAUAUCUUCA